CAGAUGUCCAGUCAUAUCACUAGAAAUAGCGCCUGACUGUAUAUAACUGGUGUUCUCAGACUAUCUCGUAGUUUCUUAAACAGUUGUCGUCCGCUGAUCCGCUUUGAUCAAGACCGCUGAAACAGACAAAACACAGUGAUAGAAAUGCUGAUAAUUCUGUAUCUUCUGGCUCUGACCUCAUCCUGCUGCGGUCAGUCAUGGACCAAGGUUGAGGGAUUCAUGAAAGAUGUGUCAAUAGGAGAAGCAGGCGUGUGGGGGUUGUAUAACUCCUAUCGGAUCUACUAUCGUGAGGGUACAUACCAGGAGCCAAAUGCCACUGGCACAAGUUGGACGCACGUCCCCGGUGAACUCGUAGACAUCGACGUCGGCGGAGACAUCGUCGUUGGCCUUAACGCCUGGAAUGAGGUUUUUUACAUAAAGAAUAUCACACGCGAAAAUCCUACAGGGUCAGGCUUGGUCCAACUGGACGGUAAUUUCCAACACGUGACUGUGUCACCCCAUGGCGCCAUCUGGGGACUUGAUGGAGAUCGUUCGGUCUGGUUCCGGAAUGGCAUUAGCCUGGACAAUCCAGGGGGAACAAGUUGGCAGAAGGUUGAUGGGAGCUUCAGAGACAUUUCUGCAGGACCGUCUGGCGUGUGGACGGUCAACGCCUACGACGAAAUUUUUUACCGAGAGGGAACCUAUGGGGGAAACAUCACGGUGGGCAGUGGAUGGACCAAAGUAGAUGGAGCUUUUUUUUACAUCGAUUCCGGUUCAGAUAUGGUGCUUGGUGUGAAAAGGUGGAGGCAGAACUUUCGCAGAAUUGGAAUCAGUGAAACAAAUCCAACAGGAAAUGAAUGGGUGCGUUUGGAUGGAGGAUUGAGCAGGAUUGAGGAGUAUGGCGGUACGAUGUGGGGGGUUGUCGGAGAAAAGGAUGUCUUUACAUCGCUCGCCAACUAGAACGCCACCAUAACCAACAACCUCUUGAGUCUAGAUGAUUUGUAUUCGACAAUUUUAGCUGUUUUCGAUGGUUCGAAGUUCAAAAUAAAGGCUGUAACUUAGGCCUUUAACAAUAAAAAGUUAUUUAAUCUGAGCUAGAUGUGACGUGUUGUGAAUUCAUGCAAAGU